AUGUUGUUGUGUUGUAUUGUUUCAAUGUUGCAAACAUUAUGAGGAUGUAAUGGACUCUCGGUAAGCGGGAAACCGUCGGUAAAGAUCGUUCGAGAAAUGGCGCUUUGUAUCCAGUCCAUGUUAAGGAAUGUUGCAGCACGAUCUAUUUAUAACACCUCGAAAGCAAGCCUUGGAAGUUUACAGCUGGUCGUGAAUAGAAACUUUGGCAGUGCUGGAUCAGCAGAUUCUGCAUCAGCAUCAUUCAAGCAUGGAAUUGUUCUAUUGUCAGUCCCAUUACCAUCAAGGAAUGAGCUCUGUGAAUUCACAUUAAAGCCAAUAACGCAUUCUGUCAAGGAUCUUGUUCAGUUUAUAAAAGAUGAAGAUGGAGGCGUGGAAAGGGCUGCUGUUUAUAACAAUGAAGGCAUUCGAAUUUCAAAUUCAACUCCCAUUGAGUUCUUGAUGCAAAAUGAUUUCAAAAUUUUAGUGAAUGAAAAAGAAUAUGAUGUAGUACCACCAAAAGAAGGUAGCUAUAUAGUGUAUGCACAUUUGAUUACUUUCCUCUAUCAGAAGUUGAGGGCUAGUACCUUAUCAGUUGCCUUCUUAUCAGUUGCCUUUUUUAAAUCCCAAUGCCUAUUUUUUAUUGAAAAAAACAAAAUAAGUCCUUGUUUUCCUGAGGAUCCAUCAGAGCACCUCUCUCAACUUCGCAACCUUGUCCAAAGACUGCACUCUGAUCUGCAUGUGCAACAUUAUCAGGAGCAUCGAGAAGAACAAAUUCAGAGAAUGCUAGAGCAUCUUAAUUCUGAGCUAGAGCCACUAGAAGACUCAAAAGCAUUGCUAGACCAAAAGGCGGCAAGGAGGACGAAUAUAUUGGUGUGGGGAGGCUUGGCUUAUAUGGCAGCCCAGUUUGGAUUUUUAGCUCGCUUAACAUGGUGGGAGUAUUCUUGGGAUAUUAUGGAACCAGUAACAUACUUCGUGACAUAUGGAUCAAGCAUCGCAAUGUAUGCCUAUUUUGUUUUAACACGAGAGGAAUACACAUACAACUAUGCACGCGAUCGAGCACACUUAAUCAGAUUCCACAAAGAAGCAGAGGGAAACAAAUUUGAUUUAUUGAAGUACAACAACAUCAGAGAAUCAAUUGCUAAACUUAAAGCGGAGCUGUCUCUCCUAAAAAGCCAACCAGCCAAGUUACCUGCAGCAAGUGAAGCUGUUGAAUAAUCGGGGAUAGUGACAUUUUCAUACCUAGAUGUAUAUUUUCGCACUUAGAAUUGUUUCUGUAUGUUAUCACGUGGGAUAAAUCUUGUAUUCAAAAUGUUUUGUCUAUUAUGUAAAAGUUAUAAUUAGCAUUAUAUCGAAGGGUUAAUACAGUUUUCUGCAUGCCUGUAUGUUGAAUCGUUUGUUUGUCAAUUGAAAUCUAGAUAGCCUGUUAGAUAAUUGAAAA